CGACUACUCUGCCCACUGCCUUCAUAACCACCGAACUCCGCAUCGCUCUUCCCAUCUUAUCCCCAUCACCUCGACGCUCUCUGUCCAAAGCCUAGCACCAGCAACAUCAAAAGGCGGACAGCUCACCUCUCUGACUCAUCCUUUUUCCUCCCCCCCCUCCACCGCUCCUUGCCACAAUGCCGGCUCCAAACUCGGCCCCCCGCACCCUCUACGACAAGGUCUUUGACGACCACGUCGUGUACUCGGGUGACGGCGACACUCUCAUCUACAUUGACCGCCACCUUGUCCACGAGGUCACCUCGCCUCAGGCGUUCGAGGGCCUCGAGAAUGCCGACCGCAAGGUCCGCAGGACAGACUGCACCCUCGCCACUGUCGACCACAACAUUCCUACUGCGUCCAGGAAAUCGUUCAAGUCGGUCGGCACCUUCAUCGAGGAGGCCGACUCGCGUGCCCAGGUCGAGGCGCUUGAGGAGAACGUCAAGAAGUUCGGCGUCACCUACUUUGGCAUGACCGACAAGCGCCAGGGCAUUGUCCACAUCAUUGGCCCCGAGCAGGGCUUUACUCUUCCCGGUACGACUGUUGUCUGCGGUGACUCGCACACUUCCACGCACGGUGCCUUUGGCGCCCUCGCCUUCGGCAUCGGCACUUCCGAGGUCGAGCACGUCCUCGCGACGCAGACCCUUCCCCAGGCAAAGUCCAAGAACAUGCGCAUCAACGUCGAGGGAACUCUCCCCGAGGGUGUCGCCUCCAAGGACAUUGUCCUCCACAUUAUUGGCAUCAUUGGCACCGCUGGUGGUACCGGGUGUGUCAUCGAGUUCUCGGGUUCCGCCAUCCGUGCCCUCUCGAUGGAGGCCCGUAUGUCGAUCUGCAACAUGUCAAUUGAGGGCGGUGCGCGUGCCGGUAUGAUCGCGCCCGACGACAUUACUUUCGAGUACCUCAAGGGACGCCCCCUUGCCCCUCCUGAGGGCCCAGAAUGGGACCGCGCUGAGGCGUACUGGCGCACCCUCGCCUCCGACCCCGGAGCCAAGUACGACGUCGAGGUCGAGAUCAAGGCUGAGGACAUCAUCCCCACCCUCACCUGGGGCACUUCACCCCAGGACACCGUCCCCAUUACCGGCAAGGUUCCCUCCCCCUCAGAUUUCCCGGAGCACAAGCGCGCCGACGUUGAGAAGGCGCUCAAGUACAUGGGCCUCACCGCCGGCACCCCCAUGGAGGAGAUCAAGGUCGACAAGGUCUUCUUCGGCUCGUGCACCAACGGUCGUAUCGAGGACAUGCGCUCGGCUGCUCGCGUUAUCCAGGCGUCGGCCAAGAACGGCGGCCCCACCCACGUCGCCGAGGGCGUCUACGCCAUGGUUGUGCCCGGCUCGGGUCUCGUCCGCAAGCAGGCCGAGGCUGAGGGCCUCGAUGUCAUCUUCAAGAAGGCUGGCUUCGACUGGCGUGAGGCCGGCUGCUCCAUGUGCCUGGGCAUGAACCCCGACCAGCUCAGCCCCGGCGAGCGCUGCGCGUCGACCUCGAACCGCAACUUCGAGGGCCGUCAGGGUGCCGGUGGCCGCACCCAUCUCAUGUCGCCCGCCAUGGCCGCUGCCGCUGCCCUCACCGGCCGCCUCACCGACGUGCGCAAGCUCAUGGGCUCGCACAUCUCGGACUCGGGCGACUUCAAGCUCACCAACUACCAGGACUACCUUGAGCGCUUCGUCCCUGCCCAGCACACCCCUCCUCCCGAGACCGCGCCUGCCGCCACCGAGGCCGCCAAGCCCAAGGCUGCCGCCGCCGGCCUGCCCAAGUUUACCGUCCUCAAGGGCAUUGCCGCGCCCAUGUCCGAGGCCAACAUUGACACGGACAAGAUCAUCCCCAAGCAGUUCCUGAAGACGCUCAAGCGCACCGGUCUCGGCGAGGCCCUCUUCUGGCCUGCGCGCUACGACAUCCGCACCAACGAGAAGCUCCCGGACUUCGUCCUGAACAAGGAGCCUUGGACCAAGUCCAAGAUCCUUGUUGUGACCGGUGACAACUUCGGCUGUGGCUCGUCGCGCGAGCACGCCCCGUGGGCGCUGAACGACUUCGGCAUCCGCUGCGUGAUGGCGCCCUCGUUCGGUGACAUCUUCCGCAACAACUGCUUCAAGAACGGCAUGCUGCCCCUCAUCCUCCCCCAGGCCGACCUCGACGAGCUGUACAAGGACGCGGCGUCGGGCGAGGAGCUCGCCGUCGACCUUGAGAACCAGCAGGUGGUGCGCCCCAACGGCCAGCCGCCCGUCAAGUUCGAGAUUGACCCCUUCCGCCGCCACUGCCUCAUCAACGGCCUCGACGACAUCGGCCUGACGCUGCGCCACGAGGCCGAGAUCACCAAGUUCGAGGAGCGUCGCUCUGCCGAGUGGCCGUGGCUCGAUGGCGCGGGCUACGCCAAGAAGGGCAAGGUCGUGCCCCUCCGCCAGAGCGCCACCAAGAAGACGGACUGGUAGCGCCCACGCUCGAUGUCCCGUUCGUUCGUUCCGAAGGUGUAGCUGGCUUGUGGUUCGUGGCUCAUUAUGUUUGCACAGGACAGCAUUGUAUACAGUAUGCAACAGUAUCAUCAGUGACGGCGGGACGACGGGGAGAAGGAAGCAAGUGCGCAUGCUGAUCGCUAAUCGGUGCUGCGCCCUUGGAUGGGUGCACGUCGCUGAGCCUCGCCCUUCGGGUGACUCA